AUGUCUUUACAGAAUAGUAGUACAACUCAUUUAAGUUGGUUUAUUGAAUCGGAUUCUGAUCUUACUGAAACACAUAUUCAUACAAUUGAUGAUCUUAAUACUGUUCUUAGUAAACUUAUUGGUGAUUAUAUGAAUAAACUAUAUUUUAAUAAUGAGAAAUAUGAGAAUAGAUAUCGAUCAUUAUGGGGUUUAGACGAGCUGAAUACCGAACAAAAUCAAAUGAAUGUUCAAAUUAUUGGAUCUCAAGAAAAUCUCAUAGAUAAAGAUAAUAGACAAAUAAGUCAAGAUUAUAUAAUGCGAGAUUUAUUUUUAUGGUCAAUACUUAUGAAUCAUAUUGAUAUGGCUAAAGUUCUUUUAUGUUAUGUUAAAUAUCGUAUAUGUGCUGCAUUAAUUGCAACAAAAAUUUUAAAAGAAUAUUAUUCAAUAGCAACACAUGGUGAAUUAAAAGAUAGUUAUAUGAAAAAUGCUAAUUAUUUUCAACAAUAUGCUAUUGAUUGUAUAACACAAUGUGAAAAAAAUAAUUCAGAUCAAGCAUGUCAAAUUGUUUUACAACGUAUUGAACUUUAUGGAAAUGUUACUUGUCUUCAAGUUGCUUCUGAUGCAAAAGAUAAAUUAUUUAUUGCAACAUCAUGUUGUGUUCAAGCUAUGAAUAAUAUUUGGUAUGAUAAAAUUUAUCCGGAACAAUCAAGAAAACGAAAUGGAAUUUCUAUGGCUAUUGGCUUUUUUUCACUUGGUCUUUUGGCUCCAUUUGUGGUCAAUUAUCGAAGUGGUGCAGGGGGACCCAAAGAUGAACCUCUUAAUCAAUCUUUACAAUCCUAUGGUAUAAAUUAUUCUGAUCCAUAUCCACUUGAAUAUCCUCGUUAUACAAAAAUACUACCGAUUAAUCAAUAUAUGUAUGGAGUGAAAAAUUUUCAUGAAGCUUUACGAAUGAAAUAUUGGUAUCAUUGUAUAACUUAUUGUUUUUUUCUUUUACUUUUUUCUUAUACACUUUUAUUUAAUUUUGAACGGCCAACAAAUGAAAUUCCAUCAAUUCAUUGGACUGAAAUUGUAACAAUUAUUCUUGUUUCGUGUAUGUUAUUUGAAGAAAUUCAUUAUUUCUCCAGCCUAGAUAAUUUGUCUUUUCCAGGAAAAUUUAUUAGUUAUUUUCGUAAUUUAUUUAAAAUUAUGACUAUUCUUGGAUUUGUUCUAUUCUAUAUUGGAUUAGUUCUAAGAUUUACACAUGCAAAUACAGAUGAUCAAUUUACAGCAGCUAGGGUGGUAAUGGCUAUUGAUCUAGAAAUUUGGUGGCUUCGUUCUCUAUCAUUUAUUAUUGUUGUACGAUUUCUCGGACCACAUAUUGUAGCCAUUGGAAAAAUGCUUAAAGAUCUUGCAUUCUUUAUGUGUAUCAUUUUUAUUGUUAUGGCUGGUUAUGGUACUGCUUCUCGUUCAAUGACUUAUUAUCCAAAUGCUAAUAAAUUAAAUCUAACUGAUUUCAGCACUGAAUUUGAUGGCCGAAGUAUUCUUCGUCAAAUUGCAUAUCCUGUUUAUUAUUUAAUGUAUGGAGAAUUUGGUGAUGAAUUAUCUACUCUUGAUGAAAAUAAUAGUGCUGCUUGGUCAAUUUCAACACAUGUAUUACUUGCUGUUCAUAUGCUUUUUGUGAAUAUUUUACUUACUAAUUUGCUUAUUGCAAUGUUUAGUAAACGAUUUGAUCAAGUAUAUGAAGAUACACAAAAUAUUUGGCAUUCUCAACAAUAUUUAUUUACACGUGAAUAUUAUACACGUUCACCAUUUUUCCCACCUAUAAGUCUUAUAUAUGAUAUGUAUCAUCUAUGUCGUGUAACAUUCUUUCAUAUAAGACGAGUUUGUUUUAAAAAAUCAGCAGAUCGUCGAGCGAAAGUAUUUAAAAUGAUUCCCAUAAAUAAAAGUUGUAUUAAAGAUUGGUAUGAAUUUGAAGGUGCAUCAACAUAUGAAUAUGCUCAUACAGAAGCCAAACUAUCGAAAACUACAUCAAUGAUAUCAACUCAUGCUUCAGAUGUUUAUAGUAAUGAAAAACGAGAAGAUACAAGUGAUAAUAUAAAUGAUUUAGAUAAUUCAAAUAAUAAUCUACGACAAAUACAAGAUGAUCUAGCAAAAUUAAAUCAAUCAUUUGAAGAAAUUAAAAGACAAUUAAAACAAUUAAUUGAAAAAUCAUAA